AUGCACUCCUACGUCCGUCCGGACCAGUUUGUCCUGCUCCGACUCCCCAAUGAGUUGACCAGGAUUCAGAAGGUCACUCCGAAUACGAUGAUCUAUUUGGGAAAAUUCGGAAGCUUCCCCGCCAACCAGAUCAUCGGCCGACCAUUCUACCUAACCUUUGACAUCCUCGAGUCCUCCGACGAGAAAGACGGCAGCUGUCUGCGCGUCGUACCAGCUGCAGAACUCCACGCCGAAUCUCUGAUUGCCGAAGGGGAGGCUGAUGGAGACGAGCCCGAGACCAACCCCGACGGGACCCCGCUGCGCACCAACCGCGAGAUCGUCGACGACGCCUCCACGCAGAAGUUGACCUGGGCGGAGAUCGAGGCGCUGAAGAAGGAAGCCGGGGGGUCUGGCCGAGAGAUUAUUGCGAAGAUCCUCGACUCGCAUACUGCGAUCGACCAGAAGACCGCAUUCUCGCUCGCCAAAUACACCCUGCGCAAACGGAGGAAGUACAUGAAGCGCUUUACCGUCCUGCCGCUGGACGUCAGCCAUCUCACCAACUACAUGAUGCAGGACAACAAGGAUGCGGCGAAGAUCCUGGAAAUGCGCGACGAGUGCAUUGGAUUGGUGGGGUGCUGGGGAAAUGUGCACCACAGCGGCGCGACGUCCAUCGAACAGAUGGUCGGUUCGAGACCCAACGGACGCUAUCUGGUUGUGGAUGACACUGGCGGUCUGUUGGUCGCGGCCGUGGCCGAGAGAAUGGGUAUUUUGUACCCUCACGAUGGCGAAAACUACGAGGAGGAUGAUACGGCGCCGGCGGAACAGAGCCAGGCUGCAGCGACAGAGGACAACGCAGCUACACAACGCCCUAGCCGGCCCAGCCAGAUGUCCGCCACCGAAAACACCAUCACCCUAAUCCACCCUCACAAACAACCCAAUCUGUCUCUUCUCAAAUUCUUCGGCUAUGAGCCGCAUGACCCUAGCGAGACCCAUCCUCUAUACACGAACCUGAAAACCAUUUCAUGGCUGCAACUUCUAGAGCCCAGCUCCGAUCUCCUUUACACCGAAGAGCCCGAGACGCUGACUGAAGAAGAGCUAUCCAACAUGAAGACGAGUCGGCGGAGCCAAUACUAUCGCAAACGAAGCAGGUGGGCACGCGUCAAAGUCGCCGUCGAUGAGACUCACGCCGGUGGCUUUGAUGGGCUCAUCGUUGCCACGCUGAUGGAUCCCGAGACGGUAUUGAAGCACACGGUGCCUCUGCUGACGGGCUCCGCCUCAGUCGCUGUCUAUUCCCCGACCAUUGAGCCGCUCACGAAUCUGAUGGACCUCUACUCCACCGCCCGAAAGACAGCCUAUAUCAACCGCAAACAAGAAUUGAAACAACAGCAACUACAAUCAACCGACAGCGAGAAGAACGGAGACGACUUCCCUGAAUUAGACGAGGAGUUCGGCUUGAACCCUACCCUUCUGCUGGCAUCCGCACUUGAGACCUCUCGCGUGCGUCAUUGGCAGGUUCUGCCGGGACGGACACACCCGUUGAUGUCCGGACGUGGCGGCGCAGAAGGCUAUAUCUUCCAUGCUACAAGAGCACUUCCCACGGAGAGGGAAAUCCAGGCGGCUGGCAAUCCUUCGCGGAAGAGGAGAAAGGUGACGACGUCAACGUCCACACCGGCCGACAGUGCCAGCGGCAUGGAUGUCGAGAUGAAGUCGUAA